AUGCCGAAGCGCUCCUUGGACGCCAGCAACCUGUCGCCUACGAUGCAGACUGAACGGGCACAGAAGAAGACGGAGAGAUCUCAUGAAGAGAACCAAGAGCGCGCUUACAUUGCCGCCUCGCGGCGGGCGGACCGUAGUAUCGAAGCCCGUGUGCAGUCCGCCAAGAUGGCGAGCGAGAUCCACAAGAAGCGCACCGGCAAGGGAUUCAAGAUCUCUGAAGCGAUUGUGCAGGCGGAGGAAAUGUACGAAGAGGAGGAGGACGACAUGCCUCGCUCCUAUCGCAUGCUGGCUGCUCACCUUCAGACCGGUUCCCCAGAGUUCGACUACCGUGUCAAUGCCUUUUUGGCUAACAGAGUAGCCAUGGCGAGCAUGGUGGCCGGGCUCCGCAACGAGGAAUGGGCUCAAAACCCAAUCAAUAAGAUGUUUGCCGAGCAGUUCCCAAACGCCAACAAGCAAGCACAGGCAUUGUCUCGUAACAUUACGAACUCAAUGUACUCCGUUCCCGGGCAACGUUCAAUGUCUUUGUCGCAGCCCGCUCAGUCCGAAAACGCGGUCACCAGCCCCAUGUCACCAACCUUCUCGUCGGUAAACUUCCAGCCCGAGACCCAGCGAUACCAACGCCAGAGAACACAGUCAGUGGCGUCGCCCAUGGACAUGGCCACACCGGUAGCGCGUGAUCAUCCUCAGUCGCCGCCAGCUUUGUCGCCGUCAUCAGACGCUGCUGCUGGCACCCCCUCGACGCGAACAGCUUCGGCUUUCCCUUCACCCAUGACGACAAUCGAUCACAGCCUCUUUUCUCCUGAGUCAUCCUUUACCGCUGAGCUGCCUAUGGAUGCGAAGAUGAUGGUACCCAACUUGGACAUGAGCGACCCGAUGGCUCAAAUGUUUAUGGGCAACCCGCUACAGCAGCAGAUGUACUACCCAGACACUCAUUCGAUGGCCGACCUGAAACAUGAGCAGCACCUGAAUGAGCUUACGCUUUCUUCGCACGAGUACUUCAACGGACACGUGAACCCUUAUGCGUCUCGGUUUGAAGAGCCCAGAAGCGAUGAUGCGACCCCAGGCCCCGUUAAUGACAACUGGGACGCCUUCCUAGACUUUGGUGAGCAGUCCGACACUGGCGCCAUUGAUCCGACAUUGUAG